ACUCAGAUUCGCUUCGGAUCUGAUUCAUAGGCCAACAUUCGCUUCAUAUCUUUCUUUAUACUUUGUUAUCUGAUCUGAUCCAAAACGAAACCACCCGGCCUUGAAAAAUGACGCGCCGCUGCUCGCAUUGCAGCCAAAACGGCCACAACUCCCGGACCUGCCCGAAUCGUGGGGUUAAGCUCUUCGGAGUUCGUUUGACUGACGGGUUGAUUCGGAAGAGCGCCAGUAUGAGCAACUUAUCCCAAUUCUCCGGCUCGAAUUCCGUUUCGCAUAACGGGAACGGGUCUGGCUCCCCCGUUGAGGGUCCAGAUCACGCCGAUGGUUAUGCUUCUGAGGAUUUUAUCCCUGGGUCGUCGUCCAGUCAUGAUAGGAAAAAAGGUGUUCCUUGGACUGAAGAGGAGCACCGGAUGUUUCUACUUGGACUGCAGAAGCUUGGUAAAGGUGAUUGGCGUGGAAUCUCUCGUAAUUAUGUUAUAUCAAGGACUCCUACGCAAGUAGCUAGCCAUGCUCAGAAAUAUUUCAUCAGGCAGUCCAACGUGUCUAGGAGAAAAAGGCGUUCCAGCCUUUUUGAUAUUGUAGCGGAUGAAUCUGGUGAUACACCAAUGGUAUCACAGGAUUUGUUCGCUGCAGACCCUCCGCAGGCUGAAACACAGAGCAAUAACCAGUUUCCUAUUCCUCCAUUGGAUGAAGAAGACAAAUCAAUGGACUCCAACAACUCGAAUGACGGGGAACCUGUUCCUCCUACAACGAUGGAGGGCUCACAACCCUGUUACCCAGUAGUAUAUCCUGCUUACUACCCACCAUUCUUUCCUUUUCCAUAUCCAUAUUGGAUGGGUUAUAACACAGAACCAACCAAGACCGACACACAUGAAGUGGUCAAGCCAACGGCAAUACAUUCAACUAGUCCUUUCAAUGUCGACGAGCUGGUGGGUAUGUCGAAACUGAGUUUGGGAGAAUCUAUUGGUGAGAAUGGCUCAACCUCUCUUUCAUUAAGACUUGAUGGUUCAUCCAGACAGUCUGCUUUCCAUGCCAAUCCGGUUUCUCGUGGUUCAAGUGGGAGCCCAAUCCAUGCAGUGUAAGACCCAACUUUAUCUUCAAGUACCGCCUUAGGGGUUAAGAUCAGGGUGUCUGUGAGCAGUACAGGUUGUUAAUAGAACAAUGAUCAUGUGCAGUAUGCUUUUGACUUGGUCAUACGUUUCUGUUGUGAAAUCAACUAAAAAAGUUUGUUUUCUUUUUCUUCUGAUUUUAAAUUAAGUUCAAUGCGUAGCUUUA